GUUCCGCCUACUACUAAAAGAAACAUUUCUGACUGCAUUGUCCUAAAACCACAUUCGUAACUUCUCGUAUUUAUUUAAGGACCCAAAAUGAUCAAUAAAUAACAGUGAAUCAGAAGAGCAGGAGCGGUGCAGGAAAAAAUGCCUCUCAAAGUGCCUGGAGGCCAAGCCAGAGGAGACUACUCUGCAGUUCAAGUAGCUGUUCGAGUUCGGCCCCUGCUUCCCAAAGAGCUUCUCCACUGUCAUGAAAGUUGCAUCACUGUGGACGCUGAACUCCAUCGAGUUACUUUGGGCCACGACCGACAUUUUCUCUGUGACUACCUGUUUGAAGAAAGUUGCUGUCAGGAAGAGGUUUAUUCUCUGUCCGUUGAACCACUCAUAGAUGCUUUUUUCCAAGGCUUCAAUGCCACAGUCUUUGCUUAUGGGCAGACAGGCUCAGGCAAGACAUACACUAUUGGAGAAGCUAAUAUUAGACCUCACAGACUUCUCAGUCCGAGUCUCCUAUUUGGAGGUCUAUAAAGAGGAGUUUAAGGACUUGCUGGAGGUUGAAACUGCCAGCAAGGAUAUCAACAUCCGGGAGGACAAAGGCAACAUCGUUUUGUGCGGUGUAAAGGAGUGUGAAGUAGAAGGUCUGGACGAGGUUUUGAGCUUGCUGGAGUCAGGAAACACAGCCAGACAUACCGGAGCAACGCAGAUGAAUCCAAACUCCAGCCGCUCACACACCAUUUUCACCGUAUACAUGGAUCAGCGUCGUGGAAGCUCGCGCCUGAACGGGAACGCUGCAAACACUGGACCACAAAUGCUGUCUUCCAAGUUCCACUUUGUUGACUUGGCCGGGUCGGAGCGCAUCUUAAGGACGGGUAACACUGGAGAGAGACUGAAAGAGAGUAUCCAAAUUAACAGCGGCCUUCUGGCUCUGGGAAAUGUUAUUGGGGCACUGGGAGAUCCAAAGAGAAAAGGCUCUCAUAUACCAUACAGAGACUCAAAAAUCACAAGGAUACUUAAAGACUCUUUGGGAGGGAAUUCAAAAACACUGAUGAUCGCCUGCAUCAGCCCCUCCUCUUCGGACUUCGACGAGAGCCUGAAUACGCUAAACUACGCGAUGAGGGCGAGGAACAUUCAAAACCGAGCUACGGUCAACAGCAAACGUGAACCAGAUCGAGUGGAAGGACUGGAGCAGCAGAUCAAGGCCCUCCGCAGAGCUCUCGAGAACCGUCAGCGCUCWGAGACUCGCAUCAUUUCUCACGGUGACCCGAACAGGAGGCCUCGACUUGGAGAAGGAGAAAUGAGCCGGUUGCAGGCACAAAGUGCUCACUAUAGGACCUGUACAGACACGGCUUACAGAUUGCUGCGGGAGCUGCAGAGCGAUGGGGCUUUGACUGCGGAGCAGAGUCUGAGAGUAAAAGAGUGGCUGUGCUCAGUCGAGGAGGAACGAAGCGGGCUUACGACCGCCUCCGGCCCAGACAGCGGUAUCGAGAACAGCUCCACCGAGGACAGCGUCGCGCUGAGAGGAGGCAGGCCUUCUAUAAGGAAUCAAGACACAGAGGCUGUAGAGGAGAGGUGGAGCCAUGAUCAUGACAGUGAGAAGGAAGAUGGUUUUCUUCAGUCUCAGAUCCAACGGUUGGAGAAGGAAAACACUGACUUCUUGGCGGCUCUGGAGGAUGCUAUGGAGCAAUACAAGCAGCAGGUUAAACAUAGGCUUUGUCAGUAAAAUAUAAUAGUUUUAAGCUAUCUGUUAAAGGGAUCCACAAUCAGUUGUAACAUUAGACUUUAUUUGUUAAACAUAUAUUUUAACAGUAAAAUAAAGAC